UUCAUUAACUUGCGUAACUUAUAAGAGCAUUAAAGAUUUCAUUGCAGUAUCAGAUUAAGCUCUUAAGAGCACGAACGUGUAUUGUGUUAUACGAAAUUUAGUGUGCAAAAACGCAAAAACAUGCCACGACGUGGACGAGCAGCAAAUCCUCCUCCGAGGACGGUUAGGCGAGCCUCAGCUCCAGUUGCAACCGCUCCAGCACAUCCUCCUGCAUCAACACCAAUGGUAGCUCAACCUCAGCAGCCAUCCCUCAUGGGACAAAUGGCUGCUACUGCUGGAGGUGUGGCAAUUGGUUCUGCUGUCGGUCAUACUAUUGGACACGCAAUGACUGGCCUCUUCAGUGGAGGUUCCAGUGAGGCCGCUGCUGCACCAGCAGGUGUAGCACCAGCUGCAGUACAAAGUGCACCAGUUUCUGCACCUGCUGGUGGUGUUUGCGCUUGGGAAGUCAAACAAUUCUUAGAAUGUGCCCAAAAUCAAUCAGAUCUUUCAUUGUGCGAAGGUUUUAAUGAGGCUCUUCGUCAGUGCAAGGCAACUAACAAUUUAAUUUAAACAGGGCAUUCAGGUAAUAGCAGGAAGAUAGGCAAUAUUAAUGAAUUUAGUUGAUUUCAUAAAAAUUUGGGUUCUGUAUUUACCAUGAACUAGAAUUAUUUUAAUCACUGCUUAUAUAAAUUGGUUAAAAUGUAUACAUGUAUGCAAGUGAAAUAAAUUAAAAUAAAUUUGAUUCCUGUUUA